GCAGUUUCUGAGUUCUGACAGGCACCCCAUUUAGCAGCUUUUUGGCUGCCAAUGGAGAAAACCACCGGAAAGCUCUACCUAAAAAAGACAAACCAAAACCGCCAAAGGCAUUCAAGUACACCGCUCUAAUCCACUGCUUCAACAAAGGUCACGCAAAGUCAACCUCCCCACCGCUCGAUCAUCCCCGAGAUCUACGCCACGCCCUCUGAUGGGCAGACCACUCGUUUUAGUAUUUUCAUACUCCCACGUCAGAUCUGAAGCUCCAGCCGCCCGAAUAUGAGCCAAAAAACGCCCAUAGGGAAACACUGCCAAUCCCGUGCCUCCACCUCUCACUCGCCAAGAAAGCCUUCUCUCCGGUCAGUGACGGUUACGGUAACCCAAUCAUAUUAUCCUUCUGGAAAGAAUCACCACACACACCAACAAAACUCAGGGUUUGGGUUCGGAUCAGGUACUUCGCCGAGCACUACACCAGCUCAGACUCCAUUAAUGCCCACUCCGACCUUUUGAAACCCAGCACCCGUAAACGAUGUCGUUUCUGCGGCGCAGAAAGGCCACGGAGCGCCCAAACGCAAAGCCUCACGACAUCGACAUCGACACCGAGAACGACGACAUCCACGACAAGAAGACGAAACCGAGGCCGAAGCUCAGGCCGAAGAGAUGGUCGUGCGUGGACACGUGUUACUGGUUGAUUGGGUGCGUAUGCUCGGUGUGGUGGUUCUUGCUGUUCCUGUUCAGCGCAAUGCCGGCGUCGUUUCCUCAGUACGUGACGGAGGCGAUAACGGGUCCGUUGCCGGACCCGCCGGGCGUGAAGCUGAAGAAGGAGGGUCUGACGGCGAUGCACCCAGUGGUGUUCGUGCCCGGAAUCGUCACCGGCGGGCUCGAGCUGUGGGAGGGCCACCAGUGCGCCGAGGGCUUGUUCAGGAAGAGGCUCUGGGGUGGGACUUUCGGGGAAUUGUACAGAAGACCAUUAUGCUGGGCUGAGCACAUGUCGCUGGAUAAUGAAACUGGACUGGACCCUUCUGGUAUAAGAGUCAGGCCUGUAUCUGGACUUGUGGCAGCUGAUUACUUUGCACCAGGUUAUUUUGUCUGGGCAGUCUUAAUUGCCAAUUUGGCUCGCAUUGGAUAUGAGGAGAAAACUAUGUAUAUGGCUGCAUAUGAUUGGAGAUUAUCAUUUCAAAACACAGAGGUCAGAGACCAAACUCUAAGCAGGAUAAAAAGUAAUAUAGAACUCUUGGUAGCUACAAAUGGUGGGAACAAGGUGGUUGUUCUGCCACACUCAAUGGGUGUUUUGUACUUUCUGCAUUUCAUGAAAUGGGUUGAGGCACCAGCUCCAAUGGGUGGUGGUGGAGGGUCAGAUUGGUGUGCCAAGCAUAUAAAAGCGGUUAUGAACAUUGGUGCACCCUUUCUUGGUGUUCCAAAAGCAGUCGCAGGACUUUUCUCGAUUGAAGCCAAGGAUAUAGCUGUUGCCAGGGCUUUCGCACCAGGUGUUUUUGAUAAAGACGUUUUUGGUCUUCAAACUCUACAACAUAUGAUGCGGAUGACCCGUACAUGGGAUUCAACCAUGUCAAUGAUACCAAAAGGUGGGGAUACUAUCUGGGGUGGCCUUGAUUGGUCACCUGAAGAGUACUUUAACUGUAGUGCAAAGAAGCUCAAGAAUAAUGAUACCCGCACUGCAGACGAAAAUGAGAAUGGGACUCUGGGUUCUACAAAGAGGGUAAAUUAUGGGAGGAUAAUAUCAUUUGGGAAAGAUCUAGCUGAGAUACAUUCCGACGAGAUUGAUAGGAUGGAUUUCAAGGGUGCUGCCAAGGGCAAUAACUUUACAAAUGCAACCAAGUGUGAUGUAUGGACAGAGUACCAUGAAAUGGGUAUUGAGGGUGUCAAAGCUGUCGCAGAUUACAAACUUUACACAGCUGGAUCGAUUUUGGAUCUGCUUCGUUAUGUUGCCCCCAAGUUGAUGGCGCGUGGAGAUGCUCAUUUUUCAUACGGAAUUGCUGACAAUUUGGAUGACCCUAAAUAUGAACAUUACAAAUAUUGGUCAAAUCCCUUAGAAACAAAAUUACCAAAUGCUUCAGACAUGGAAAUCUACACUAUGUAUGGUGUUGGAGUCCCUACAGAAAGAGCAUAUGUGUACAAGUUAACUCCUGCUGGCGAAUGCUACAUUCCUUUUCAGAUAGAUACCUCAGCAGAGGGUGGAAGUGAGGAGUCUUGUCUAAAAGGUGGAGUUUUUUCUGUUGAUGGAGAUGAAACUGUUCCUGUUUUAAGUUCAGGUUUCAUUUGUGCAAAAGCUUGGCGUGGAAAAACCCGAUUCAACCCUUCAGGCAUUCGUACUUUCGUAAGAGAGUAUGAUCAUGCGCCUCCAGCUAAUCUUCUAGAGGGUCGUGGCACCCAAAGUGGUGCUCAUGUUGAUAUAAUGGGUAAUUUUGCAUUGAUUGAAGAUAUUAUAAGAGUAGCAGCGGGGGCUACUGGAGAGGACUUGGGUGGCGACCGAGUUUACUCUGAUAUUUUCAAAUGGUCUGAAAAGAUCAAUUUACGGCUAUAGACUUAUAUGUAUACUUGCUUUUAGUAAAUGCUUGAAGACACCUGAUGAACUACCUAUUGCCCGCGGUUGUGACUGGGGAGUGCUCGUUUUCGCUCACAUGAAGCGCCUAAGAAUUGAGGUGCUGGUUGCCGAACUAAAUGCAUCCCAGAUUUAUGUUGUAUUUAAGCGCUGAAUCUGGUUUAUGAAUUGAUAUCCCACAUUACACCGGGCUCCCUACUACUUUAGGUGCACCUAACUUAUGCAGUUCAUAGUUGCCCGAAAUUUUGGAUAGUCAUUUAAUUAUUUUAUUUUUGUCAAUAGCAUUUGUUAUUAAUUAGUGUCUGUUACUUUGUAA